AUAGAGAGAGAGAGAGAGAGUUUGAGUUUUUUGUCUAUGAAAAACCAUGGAUUUUUCAUAGUAAAGCCUUUAGCAUAUGCAAAGACCCACAUGGUGGUAUACUGUGGAAGACAAGCUAGAGAGAGCUUGGAUCAUAUUGACGACUAGUCUCCUCGAAUAUAGAGAGAGAGAGAGAGGGAGAGACAAGCUAGAGAGAGAGAGAGAGAGAGAGAGAGAUGGCGAGGACACCAUGCUGUGAGAAGAUGGGGAUGAAGAAAGGGCCGUGGACUCCAGAGGAAGACCAGAUCCUGAUCUCCCACAUCCACCAGUUUGGUCACUCAAACUGGCGUGCACUUCCUAGACAAGCAGGUCUGUUAAGAUGUGGGAAGAGUUGCAGACUCCGGUGGAUAAACUACUUGCGACCCGACGUGAAGCGAGGGAACUUCACCGACGACGAAAGAGACACCAUCAUCCAACUUCAUCAAGUUCUGGGCAACAGAUGGUCGGCCAUAGCCUCGAGAUUGCCGGGGCGAACGGACAAUGAAAUAAAGAACUUCUGGCACACCCACCUGAAGAAACGGGUGCCACACAGCCUCCCCAACUCAACUCCCUUCACCAUAAACCCUACUCAUUGCACCACCCUCGAUCCCUCAUUCCAGAAUCCGACCUCCGCGCCGCCGACGCAGAAGUUUCAAGAACCACUGACAACGUCGGAAUCGGAGUCGGGCCCCUCGAUAGCAGUUCAAGCGAACAUCGAAAGCACCUCACAAGCCGUGCCGUCUUCUCGUGCUUCCCAGAAGGUCACGAAGACAAAGAAGGAUCUCAUCGCGGGUUCAGCCCCGGCUUUUCCGAUGGCGGCGGGCUCACAGUGCGGCGGGCAGGGAGUUCUGAGCACGAAGGGAGACAAGGACAUGGAGUUCUGGUACAGUCUUCUGGUGAGAGCAGGAGAUGGACAUCAUCAGCUGGGGAACGCCGCCGGGACGCUAUAGAAAAGAAAAUAUGGGAGUUCAAGAAUGACCAGCACCUUAUCUUUUUUAUGGUCUUGUGGGAGAAGUGUUUUGGACUGUGGUGUGGAACAAGAGUGACUUUUUUUUUCUAUCUUCCUAUCGACUUUAUUUACCAUAGUCUUUCAGAAACCGCACGGAUUCAGCUUGGCAUCAACGUCAAACGAGUGACUUUUUAGA